AUGGACGUUUAUCGACUGCCGAAAAAUACUACCCCGGACUCAUACGAUUUGAAAAUUAUACCAGACUACAAUUACUUAACGGAUGUCGUUGAAUUCGACGGGGAGGUAGAAAUUGUGAUCAACGUAGAAUCCAAAACUUCAACGAUUACGUUGAAUUGUAAAAAUAUUGUGGUUUAUGUGGUGUAUGUGCACGAAAAAAUAACACUAGAUGAUCUUGACGUAAUUAAAGUCAUUUAUGAUACCCAAAACGAACAAUGCAACAUUUUGUUGAGUUCCAAAUUAAAUGUUGGAAUUCAAUACCUGGUAAACAUCGAAUAUCAUGUGAAAAUCGAUACAAACGAUAUGGAAGGAUUCUACAAAACUGAUCAAGUGGGAACGAAAAAUGAUUUCAGUUCAUCCGUACAAGAGAUGCGUGACAUUUUCGUCGAGACUCCACCGAUUUCCACGUAUAUGGUUGCGUUUGUCAUCAGCGGAUUUGACUCGAUGACGGUCGAAAGCRUUUCCGGUGAUAGUUCCGUAUAUGUGUUCGCAGACGCCAACCGUUUAGACCAGGUGAAAUACGUUUCCAGUGAGGCACCUAAGCUGCUGGUGGCCAUGGAGAGCUUUACGAAAAUGCGGUACGAGUUACCCAAACUGGACCUGUUCGCCGUGCCGGAUUUCAAGUCAGAUGCCGUGGGAAACUGGGGACUGAACACAUUUCGUGAAAAGUAUUUGCUACUGGAUGAUGUGUCCAGCACCAAAGCCAAGGAACUUGGGCUAUCAAUGGUUCAGCGUGAGAUGGCCCGUCAGUGGUUCGGAAACCUGGUCACGUGCUCUUGGUGGGACUAUAUGUGGCUGCAUGACGCAUUUGCCUCGUACUUUCAGUACUUUUCCAUGGACACGGUACGGGGGCGUAAAGCUGCCGCUGACCGAUUAACUCAAGUCUAUCCCGAUUGGAGAAUGAACCAGAUGUUCGUAAUUGAACAGCACCAGUGGGCUUUAGAAUAUGAUCAAUCGCCUAGGCGUGCGAUUACUGCGUCCGUGCAAACUCCAGAUGAUAUCAAUGACGUGUUUUAUGAUCAAACUGACCGAAAGGCCGCAGCAUUCUUGCGCAUGUUAAAGUGCUGCACCAACGAUACUAUAUUCGAGCAGUCAUUGGUCCGAUUUUUGAAACUGUACAAGUAUGAAUCGGUAGACCCCGACAAGUUGUUUGCGGCAUUUGAAGACACUAUAGCUGAAUAUCAAUUUGAUUUUGGGCAGGAUGUCAAUGUCACUAAUUUCAUGAAACGAUGGACGGAACAAGCUGGAUAUCCAAUGAUAAAUGUAGUAAAAGUCAACGACGAGUUUAUCAUAACUCAAGAAAGGUGCCUAAUGGACACUCCUGAAAAAAUUAUUGAUUCAUCUAGAUGGUACAUUGGGAUCACUUAUACAACCGAAUCGUCUAAAAAUUUCGAAAAUUUAGCGUUGGCCACUUGGUGUAAGCCUACGAUAGACAGAUGUAUUCUGUCAGCUCCACAAGAUCCGGGGUGGUUCAUAUUCAAUGUACAAUCCACUGGGUUUUACAGGGUUAACUAUGACACAGACAAUUGGUCAUCAUUGAUCAGACAAUUGAAAGAGACGCCUAAUGAAAUUCAUGUACUCAAUCGUGCUCAAUUGGUUGACGACUCUUUCUUCUUGGCCAGAGCUGAUAAGUUACAUUAUUCCUUCCCAUUGAGAAUAUCGUCAUAUUUAAAAAUAGAAGAUGACGUGUUACCAUGGUAUUCUGCGAUGAACGGAUAUUCAUACCUAAUAGAACGCAUGCGGCGUAAUGAUACUGAAUAUUCCGAUUUAAGAAAAUGCGUCAGUAACUUAGCAGGUAUUAUUUAUAAAAAAACGGAAGACCAAGUAGUUGAAAAAAAUAACACAGAUCAUAUUAUCCUAACCAGUUGGAACGCAUUUUCCGAAUGGGCAUGCCAGUUAAAUAAUGAGAAGUGCAUAGAAUCGGCGUAUGAUUACUACACCAAAUGGCAAAACGGAGAAAAAAUACCUUCAGAUAUUAGAGACGCUGCAUUCUGUGUUGGUAUUCAUAUAACAAAUGACACCUCAACAUGGGAACAAAUGCUUGAUUUGUAUACAAAGACAAGAUCACCUUCAGAAAAACAGUCAGCACAAACAGCAAUGGCUUGUACAGAAGAUGAUCAGCUAUUGUCAAGAUAUUUAAAUUAUACAUUAGAAAGCGAUGGACCAAUUCGAAAACAAGACUUUAAAGAUGUAUUUAGUGCAAUAUCCUCCACGCCAAAAGGACUUGAAGUCUUAAUAGAUUUUUUAGUGAACAAUUUAAACAAAAUUACAAAAAAGCAUACUGACGGAAACAAUAUAGCAAUAUUUAUUUAUUCUAUAUGUACAUCAAAAGCAGCACUUGAUUCCGAAAUCAAUAAAUUAACAAAUUUAAAAGAUGAUCCAAACACGCCAGAAGACCUCAGAAAAGAAUUUAAUGAAUCGUAUAAGCAAGUGAAAAACAACCUUUACUGGUAUAACAAAUAUCAUGAAAUUGUGAAUCAAAACACAGGAUGUUCACAGGACUAUACCACAACUGAUGAACCAACAAAAACAACUACCCAAAAAUCACAAACAACUACUGCAAUAAUAACUCAACCUGUUACAGAAACAACAAUAGGAGAAACCACAAUAUCAAAUGAAACAGAUACUACUAUACAUACUUCAUCUGAAACUUCUUUUGAAGAGACAACUGAAUCAAAACCGACUGAACACACUACAGACAAAACGAUUAGAACUUCUCCAACAGAUACCACGUCAUCUGAACAAACCGAUACAACUCCUCAUGUUUACCCGGAAACGACAUCCGGAGAUACCACUGUAUCGAAAUAUACUGAUCAAACCACACACCAAUCUCAAUCAUCUACAAAAGACGAUACCCCGAGUACUGAACGAACUGACGAAACCACUAUUAUUCAAUCUGAGACUACACAUGAAAAAACUACUAAUAUAGGUGCUUGGAUUUGA